UUCCUUUAUUAUUGUUGUUGUUUUCUUCUCAGAGAUGACGUGUGAGGUUGCUUUAGUAGUGUGGGUGGUGGUGGUGGUGUGGUGUCCUCGGCUCUCCUAGUCGACCAAACACACAAUAUUACGAAAGUUGCCCAGUCGGAAGUGAAUGAAGAGCUACAGCCUGAAGACCAAGUUAUUCCUGUAUCCUGUGGAUGUAGACUACCAGACGCUUGUCCACAACUGACACCUCACAAGAUUCUUCACUUUGAUACAGGCUGCCCCUUAGAAAUGAUUUACUGCUGCGCUACCCAGGAUAAUGAACGCACAUUACCUGUGAUGAAGCCUGACCAAGAUAAUGAUACAACAGCAUCUAGCAGUCUUGUGAAUGAUAAAAACAAUACUGAAGAUUUACUGGACACAAUAAAUAUGACAAACCAAGAAACUGAAGCAAGUAUAGAGUUUAUAGGUGAAAAAGAUUAUUCAAAUUCAUAUGAUAAUGCAUAUCAGGCUCAAGUACAAUUAAACAAUGGGAAAGUUCUUUCAUCACCUGAGAAAAUAAAUGAAACAAAGAGUGGAGCUCGUGACCACAAACGAUUCAGUCAAAGUGUUUCUCUGGAUCUGGGUAAGAGUCCUGACCAGAUCGUAGAGAAUUAUCAAGGGAAUGUAUUACUUACAGAUAGUACAUUAGAAACUGUGGUGAAAGAUCUGUUAGGUGAGAGCAGUACACAGUCUUUUCUAACUGCAGAACCUGAAAGUUUAACAUCUACAACAGCUUCUUCAGCAGCUGAAACAGUGACUGUUAAACUUUAUAAACCAGUUGAUGUACCAAGUAAGUUACCAUAUAUCAUAGAAAAACCUUGUUAUAAUAUAUCUGCAAAUACUACUACCUGCUUUCCUUACAGUGAUCUGAAUGUUACCUUCGGAAUACCUAUGGGAUACAAUUACCAGACUGUUGACUUGUUAGCUGAUGGAGACCAAAUGCAGAGUCAGAUGGAGGACUCCUUUAAAUUUUUUAACUUCACUAGCAAGGGUGUCUCCUUUUUUUUCUUUUACUUUUCAUAUGUUAUAGCUCUUAUUUAUGCAGGUUGUUAUUUCAUCUCAUUUAUUGUACCAGAGAACACUGUACUGAGCAUUGUAUUGAAGGUUGGUCUAGCAAGUUAUGCCCCAAUUAUUAUUAGGCUUCCGUUCUUUGAAAUUGGAAAUUUAUUUUUGUCUUGGAUAAUUGACAGUUUAUUUUAAUGCAGGUGUUUGUCUCGUCUGACAGUUUUUUUUAUGUGUUUUUCUUUAUGGUAAAAUAAUUUCAGUUCAUUGUAUUUAUACAUAUUCAUUGUGAAACUCUUGUUUAAAAAAUAAUUUUAAUGUUGUUUAUUCAUUAUCAAAUGCUUAAGUUGAUUCCUAAAGAAGUCUGAAUAUAUUAAAAUUUUCAAAAAAUUGAAUUUAGUUUCAGUAUACACGACUCAUGUUUAUGUGCUUGAGUAAAUCUUUAUAAAUGUAAUAAUAAUAAUGGUAAUACAGUAUUCACUAAUUCUAAGCACUUUAGUUUUUGUUCAAAAUGAACUUCAGGCAUUUGUAAAAAUGUGUUCUUAAAACCACAUCUUAAAACCACAAUAAAUUUUUUCUUAAGAUUUCACUAAAGUGUUGUAUUACCCAGUAGAUUAAUCUGUAUAUAAACUGAUGGUACAGCCAAAAACUUCUAGUAAUUAUCAUGGGAGUGGUAAUUAACCCACUGAUGACAUUCAGCAUUACGAAGUACAAGAAGAAGCAGAGAUAAAACAAACAGCAUUAAAGUGGGAACCUGGGGGCAGUCUGAAAGACAAGCAUAUUCUGGAGGAAAAAAAUCAGCAUUUGCUUCAAAAUGAUAGCCAGUGGCUGGCUGCUUAGGUUCACAGCAUGUCCCAUGGCCUGGUACGCAACAUACUCGCCUCGCACAACAAGUGUCUGUAGUUCAAUCCCCGGCAAGGGUCGAAACAUUGGGUGCGUUUCCUUACACCUGUUGGCCCUGUUCACCUAGAAAGCAAGUAGGUAAGUACCUGGGUACUUACCUAAUUGUGGUUGCAGGGGUCGAGACUCAGCUCCUGGCCCUGCCUCUUCACUGAACGCUACUAGGUCCUCUCUCUCCCUGCUCCAUGAGCUUUAUCAUACCUCGUCUUAAAGCUAUGUAUGGUUCCUGCCUCCACUACACUCGCCAGACUGUUCCACUUCCUGACUACCAUAUAACUGAAGAAAUACUUCCUAACAUCCCAUUGGCUCAUCUGAGUCUUCAUCUUCCAAGUGUGACCCCUUGUUUCUGUGUCCCCUCUCUGGAACAGCCUGUCUCUGUCCACCUUAUCUAUUCCAUGCAGUAUUUUGUAUGUCGUUACCAUGUCUCCCCUAACCCUCCUGUCCUCCAGUGUCGUCAGGCAGAUUUCCCUUAACCUUUCUUCGUAGAACAUUCCCCUUAGCUCUGGAACUAACCUUGUCGCAAACCUUUGCACUUUCUCUAAUUUCUUGAUGUGCUUGACCAGGCGUAGGUUAGAAACUGGUGCUGCAUACUCCAGUAUGGGCCUGACGUACAUAUUGUACAGAGUCUUGAAAGAUUCCUUAUUUAGGUAUCAGAAUGCUAUUCUCAGGUUUGCCAAGCGCCCAUAUGCUGCAGCAGUUAUCUGGUUGGUGUGUGCUUCCGGAGAUGUGCUCGGUGUUAUGCUCACCCCAAGAUCUUUCUCUUUGAGUGAGGUUUGCAGUCUUUGGCCACCUAGCCUAUACUCUGUCUGUGGUCUUCUUUGUCCUUCCCGAUCUUCAUAACUUUGCAUUUGACGGGGUUAAAUUCGAAAAGCCAGUUGCUGGACCAGGUGUCCAGCUUGUCCAGGUCUCUUUGAAGUCCUGCCUGAUCCUCAUCCGAUUUAAUUCUCUUCAUUAACUUCACAUCAUCUGCGAACAGGGACACUUCUAAGUCUAACCCUUCCAUCAUGCCAUUCAUAUAUACCAAAAAUAGCACUGGUCCUAGGACCGACCUCUGUGGGACUCUGCUCGUCACAGGUGCCCACUGUGAUACCUCAUCACAUACCAUGACUCGUUGCCUCCCUGUCAGGUAUUCUCUGAUCCAUUGCAGUGCCCUUCCCGUUAUACGCACUUGAUCUUCUAGCUUCUGCACUAAUCUCUUGUGAGGAACUGUGUUGAUGGCCUUCUCGCAGUCCAAGAAAAUGCAAUCAACCCACCCCUCUCUCUCGUUUCUUACGUCUGUUACUUUAUCAUAAAACUCCAGAAGGUUUGUGACACAGGAUUUGUCUUCCAUGAAUCCGUGCUGACUGUUUACCUGGGGUUUACCUGGAGAGAGUUCCGGGGGUCAAAGCCUCCAUGGCCCGGUCUGUGACCAGGCUGCCUGGUGGAUCAGAGCCUGAUUAACUAGGCUGUUACUGCUGGCUGCACGCAAUCUAACGUACGAGCCACAGCCCGGCUGGUCAGGUACCGACUUUAGGUGCUUGUCCAGUGCCAGCUUGAAGACUGCCAGGGGUCUAUUGGUAAUCCCCCUUAUGUAUGCUGGGAGGUAGCUGAACAGUCUUGGGCCCCUGACACUUAUUGUAUUGUCUCUUUACGUGCUAGUGACACCCCUGCUUUUCAUUGGGGGGAUGUUGCAUCGUCUGCCAAGUCUUUUGCUUUCGUUGUGAGUGAUUUUCGUGUGCAAGUUCUUUACUAGUCCCUCUAGGAUUUUCCAGGUGUAUAUAAUCAUGUAUCUCUCCCGCCUGCAUUCCAGGGAAUACAGGUUCAGGAACUUUAAGUGCUCCCAGUAAUUGAGGCGUUUUAUCUCCGUUAUGUGCGCUGUGAAGGUUCUCUGUACAUUUUCUAGGUCAGCAAUUUCACCUGCCUUGAAAGGUGCUGUUAGUGUGCAGCAAUAUUCCAGCCUAGAUAGAUCAAGCGACCUGAAGAGUGUCAUCAUGGGCUUGGCAUCUCUAGUUUUGAAGGUUCUCAUUAUCCAUCCUGUCAUUUUUCUAGCAGCUACAAUUGAUAUAAUGUUAUGGUCCUUGAAGGUGAGAUCCUCCGACAUGAUCACUCCCAGGUCUUUGACAUUGGUUUUUCACUCUAUUUUGUGGCCGGAAUUUAUUUUGUACUCUGAUGAAGUUUUGAUUUCCUCGUGUUUACCAUAUCGGAGUACAGUGGACCCCCGGUUAACGAACUUUUUUCAUUCCAGUAGUAUGUUCAGGUGCCAGUACUGACCGAAUUUUUUCCCAUAAGGAAUAUUGUGAAGUAGAUUAGUCAAUUUCAGACCCCCAAACAUACACGUACAAACGCACUUACAUAAAUACACUUACAUAAUUGGUCGCAUUUGGAGGUGAUCGUUAUGCGGGGGUCCACUGUAAUUGAAAUUUCUCAUCGUUGAACUUCAUAUUGUUUUCUGCAGCCCAUUGAAAGAUUUUUUUGAUGUCCUCCUCCUUUCACAAAUUAUUUACGUUGAUGGCUCUGUUCACCAGUCCACUGGUGCAGCUGGUAGUGCUGCUGUUGUCAUACAGAGUGAUGGCUCUCAUAAAGAAAUUGGAGCACGCAUCAAUAACUGGGCCUCUACCCUUCAAACAGAACUGUUUGCCAUACUCCUUGCACUCAAAUGCGUCCAUGUAUCUAAGGUUGACACUUUAAUUGUAACUGAUUCUCUGUCAUCCAUAAAUGCUCUCAACUCAUUAAGUAUAAAUUGUGGCAUGCUUGUGUCAGAAGCCAGACAUAGGUAUGGUAAGAUUGU